CAAAAACAAAUGCACGUUUAAAAUUCUUCCUCAAAAAAUGGAUUUAUUGCAGAAAAGUCUCUCCGAGGCCAUCAACAAAAACACCGCAGAAACAUCAAAAUGGGAAAAGUACUUGGAAGAAAUGCGGCAGGCGGAAACCAGUCUUCGUGAUUUCCAGAAAAAACUCCAAGUUGACUGCAUGGUUCCGAUUGGCACGAAAGCUUUGAUGCCCGGACACCUCUACCACACAUCGGAAAUUCUCGUGGGGAAUGGCAACAAAGUUUUUUCGAAAUGCACGACUUUCGAUGCGCUAAAAAUUUGCAAGCACCGCCAAACGUACGCCGAAAAACGUUUGAAAGAACUCGAGACCGAACGAGAUUUGCACAAAAAUAAAUUGGAGCUUCCUUUCAUGCAAAACGCUUUCGGAAACCAGGAGGGACAGGAGAUUAUUGAAGAGUAUGACGAACAAAAAGAAGCAGAAUGGCGAAAAAAACACCGAGAAAGUGUCGCAGCGCAGAAGAAAAAGGAAAGAAUGGAACGAGAAACGGCAAAAAAUGAAGAAAAAACUGAAAAAAGUCACGAAGAAGUGAUGAAUUUGCUGGAUGAACUCGAAUUAAUGGACGAAUUGGAGGAAGAACUCGCAAAUUUAAACGUUCAAACCGACGACCAGCUCCAAAAAUUGAUGUCGGGCGAGCUCCAACCACCAAAGGAGAAGAAAAGAAUCGCUCACAGCAACAAUUUUGCAGCUAAAAAGGACGUCGUUGUCGAUGGAAGUGUCUUACCCGAAGAAAAAUCCGAAGUUGAACCCAAAAAAGUGCCGGAAACACAAAAUAUUCCACAAGAAAUCCAAGAAAAUCCUCAAGUUGAACCAAUUCCGGAGCCAGAAAUCGUCGUUCCGGAACUAGAAUCACCGCCAGAUGAAGGAAAUUACACCGGCGAGUCCGAAUCCGAGUCUGAAUCCGAUAUUGACAGCAGCACCGUCAGCGAACAAGUCUACUCCAAGUGGAAAGAAAUGCUCGAGGCAUCGAAAAACCUCUCGCGGAAGAAUAAAAAACAUUAUUUGAAGCAAAAAUUGAAAGAUGUCAACCGAAGUUUGCAGGAACUGGUCGUGCAUGAUGUCGACACACUCACAAUUCGCAUCGAUUUGAACGAUUUAAAGGAUUUAAUUGAAGACGAAAUCAUUCGAAUAGCUGAAAAUAAACAAGAAGAAGAAAUUUUAGAAGAAAAUCCGGAAAUUCCAGCUCAAAAAAGUAAAAAUGAAGAAAAACGACGUUCGAAAAUUUCAUUUGCCGAAGAAGAUGAUGUUAAAUUAAUCGAUAAACAUGAGGCGCCAUGCAAAGUUGGCGAAAAUUUGUCUUUAGUUACACCGGAAAUGCCAGAAAAUAACGGAUUGACUCGAUUUAUUACGUUUCAUCACUCCGAAUGGCCCGUUAUGGAACCUUGCAAGGAGGAUGAAAAUGAAGUUGCGAGUCCGAUGGACGUUUAUCAUGAGAGAUUUGGCUAUUUUCCGAAAGAAAAGCCUCAAGUAGUUCAAUCUCCAUCGAUUUCAAAGGAGAAUAGUUGUGAAGAUUUGAAAUCGAUUCUGAAAAAUAAGGAAAAAGUCCUGCAAGAAACUCAUCGAGAAGUGCCAAAACCAGUUAAAAAGGAGAAAAAAUUGAAGCCACUCACGGAAGCGACAAAUCUCCUUGGCGACGUAGUUGAACGUCCUGUGGACUACCAACCAAAAACUGUAAAAGACGAACCCAAACAAAAAGUCAGCAAAUUCAAAGCGAAUCGAAAUAAAAACAAGUCGUAGUUAAAAAUUAAAUAAAAAAAAAAUUAAUUUUUUCA